AUGGAUAGUCUAACAAUGACAUCUAACCAGCCAACACGAAUGUCUAUGGACAAUGCUCUAGUUGGUCCUACUGUGACUUAUAUUCAAACAACGAACAAUAAUAACAAUGUAUUAGAACAACGUCAGCAGCAAAUAAUGCAGCAACAACCGCAACGUAUCUUAACUGCAAUAAAUGGUAAUCCAACAAUAAUGGCUAAUUCUACUGUUAAAUCAGCCUCUACAAAAUCCUCAUCAUUAAAUCCUAUUAAUCCAUUAUUAGUUGGAAAUGCCUAUCAAAAAAUGCGUACAAUUACAACAACACCACCGGUUAAAACGGAACCUGAAAAUAUAAAUGAGCUGAAUCAACAACCCGCUGUAUACAUUAUGAAUAAUGAUAAUACUCAAAAUAAAUCGUCGGAUAACACAAGAACAAUAACCGUUAAUCGUCUUUUAUUUCCUGGUACUAGUACGACUUCCACAAUAACAAAUCAAACAAAUUCCAUUACGCCCAACAAUGUAAUUACCAAUGGAACCAAUGCUGUUAAUUUAGCUACGCUUGUUAAUAAUUUAACAACGUUGAAUGCAAUGGCAUUACAAAAUGCAUUGAAUGGUGGCAAUGCAAAUAAUAGUAUUGCUAAGCUACUAUCAACUCCGAUAAAUGCUGCAUUCCUAUCAGCAGCCACGAAUGCUGUUACAAAUGGAAUAAGUGUACCAGCAACAUUAGUACCUGCUGUUAAUAACUCAGUAACGUCCAAUAAUAAAGAAAAUCAAAAUACAAUACCUACCGUUCAUUUGAAUUCUAACCUUCAACAUUCACAACAUGUCACUUCUACCUCCAUUCGCACUACAACAUCAGCAGGAAAGACUGGGGUUCAUUCAUCACCAUCAUCCAAUACUUGUGCUACAAUUCCGUCAAUUGUGAACACUCCUGUAACAAUAGCAACCACACCAUCAUCGAUAACACCAACCAAUGUACCAAAUGAGUUUUUUGCUAAAACAAAAGUUCUUGUGGAGCUAUUAACAGCGCCAAAUACCCAACCACCAUCAAAAUUUGGCUCGAUGAAUAUUGAUCCACAGACUCACACACCAUAUUCUGAUGCAACACGUACACGAUCAAAAAAACGAGUGAAUCGAGUAAAACGGCCCAUGAACGCUUUUAUGGUAUUUUCUCAACUAGAACGACGAAAGAUUGUGCAACUAGCACCUGAUAUGCACAAUGCAGAAAUAAGCAAAUAUCUGGGUGCUCGCUGGAAACGUCUAUCUGAAGUUGAACGCCGUCCAUUUAUGGAAGAAGCUGAACGUUUGAAACAAUUACAUUUACAAGAAUAUCCUGACUAUAAAUAUCGUCCACGGAAAAAAGCGAAAAAAGGUCCAAAUUCACCUUCGACGACAUUGACGGUUGACACAAGUUAUCCAAAUUCAAACCACAAUAACAAUACAGAUACAGACACUUCAUCUGAAACUGAUACCCCUCAUCCGAUCAACGGAAAUAAUUUUGACCAGGAUAUUAAUGAAUUGAAUGAUGGUCAUACAGAAGAAGAGAGUAGUGAUGCAUCAUCCUUAUUAUCGAAUACAUCAUUGAUGGCUAAUUUUCUGAAUGAUCCAAAAUUAGCAAAUAGUUUCUUAAUGAAUUUUGACGAAUUACUUUCACAACAAUCUACAAACUCAUCGUCUUCCUCUUCUUCGUCUCAAACUGCACAAAAUACCCCUUCUUCUUCACAAAACAGUCUUCUGUCAUCAUUAAGUGGUAUGGCUGCUGAUCCAUCACUAUUAGCGGCCUUAGAAUCAUUUGACUUUGCUACCCAAGCUGAAUUUCUUAAUCAAUUAAAUUUACUUGGUGACUAUAAACUAUUUGAUUUAGAUUUAACGCCAGAUAAUUCAUUGUAA